AUUGGAUUCAAAAACUACUAUUAAUAAAACUCUUCUUAAAUUAGAUGAAUUGGGUCAAAAACAAUUAAUAAAUCUUUACAGUUAUGCGUGGGUUAAGAUACAUGAAAAGGUAACUGUCUUAAAAAUAGAAUCAAAACCUACUAGACAAUGA